GGCGCGGCCCCGCCCGCCCCAUUUCCCGUGAUCCCAGAGCCCGGCACCGCUCCCGAGGGACGGGAAGGACGGGAAAGGCACAGCAGGUCAAUUUCAUCACAGAGCGCCAAAGGAAAGAGGAUGGAACCGGGAACCCCUGCCAAGGAGAGAGUCCUCAUUACUGGCGGAGGGGGUUAUUUUGGCUUCCGUUUAGGUUGUGCCAUAUAUCAAAAGGGAGUUGAUGUGAUUCUCUUUGAUGUCGUGAAGCCACUUCAAGCCGUGCCAGAGGGAAUAAAGUUCGUGCAGGGGGAUAUCUGCUGCCUGACUGAAGUGGAAGAUGCUCUCAGAGAUGUAAUCUGCGUAUUCCAUAUCGCUUCCUAUGGAAUGUCUGGCAGGGAGCAGCUGAACCGAAAACUUAUAGAAGAUGUUAACGUGAAAGGAACAGAAAAUGUCAUCCAAGCCUGCAAGAGCACAGGAGUGUCGAGUCUGGUUUAUACAAGCACAUACAACGUGAUAUUUGGAGGGCAGAUUAUAGAAAAUGGGGAUGAAUCUCUGCCUUACCUCCCUCUUCACCUCCAUCCCGAUCACUACUCCCGGACCAAAUCUUUAGCUGAAAUGAAGGUGCUGGAGGCAAAUGGUGCUGAGCUUGAAAAUGGGAGAGGUGUGUUAAGGACUUGUGCUCUGCGACCAGCAGGUAUCUACGGGCCUGGAGAACAGAGACAUCUUCCAAGAAUAGUCAGUUAUAUUGAAAGGGGGCUGUUUAAGUUUGUGUAUGGAGAUCCUCUUAGUUUGGUUGAAUUUGUGCAUGUAGACAACCUGGUUCAGGCUCAUAUCCUUGCCUUUGAGGCCCUCAAAGCCAACAAGCAGCACAUUGCUGCAGGCCAAGCCUAUUUUAUUUCAGAUGGCAGGCCUGUAAAUAACUUUGAAUUUUUCCGACCCUUAGUGGAAGGUUUGGGUUACAAGUUCCCAACCUGUCGCCUCCCUCUCUCCCUUGUCUAUUUUUUUGCAUUCCUUACUGAAGUAGUUCAUUUUCUUGUAGGACACAUUUAUAAUUUUCAGCCCCUCCUGACUCGCACAGAGGUUUACAAAACUGGGGUCACUCACUAUUUUAGUAUGGAGAAGGCCAGGAAGGAGCUGGGGUAUGAGCCUCAGCAGUACAGCCUGAAUGAAGUGGUGGAGUGGUUUAGAUCCCGGGGAUGUGGACCAAAGCCAAGAAAUUAUACCAUUAUGCAGCUUGUUAGGGAUGGAGGACUGCUUUUCCUGCUGAUUGCUGUGAUGGUCUCGUGGUUUCCAUCUGCAGUCACAUUUUCACUCUAAAAGAUGAAAUGCUGAGGACAGAAUUUAGUUAUGUUCUCCGCGUACUUCUGGUUUUGACAGACAGGUAAUAAAGAUUUUUUUUAAAAAAACACACAUUUGUGUGAUUCAGGUAAAUAUCUUUAAACAGUUUUAUCCCCAAGGAAUGGAACUAUUGAGUAAAGAGGUGUAAUUUUUAUACAGUUUCUCUGCAAAGUAAAACUGAUCAGAUCACUAACAAGAUGAAGCUCAGUAUUACUGCAAGCAGCAUUUUAUUCUCAGGUACAACAGCACACUGCAGUGAAUGGAACAAAUGUCCUUAGGCUGGCUGUUCUUCCUCCCUGAUGGCAUUAUACUCUUGAUUCCUGCCCUAUAUUCCUAAAGAGCUUGUGCUACAUGAUCCAGAGGAGAAUAAACUUACUCUUUGAUCACAUUCCAAAACCCAGUUCUGCUUUCCAGCUUGGUUGUAUAUGUGCCUAACCAAGAUGAACUGAUAAACUGCUAGACAAUAAACAAAUGUGGUUUCUUUACAUUCUGGUACGCUUUUCUGACUUAACUCUGUGAUAUCUAAUGUCAUUCCUGGAAAAGGCACCAUAGUUAAUCUAAAUUACAGCAAAGUGCUUGAAGCACCACAGAUUUGUAGAUUUUUCUAACAGUGAAAUAUGUCUGUUUAAAAUGAAUGAGCUAACUAAAGUGCAUUCAUAAAUAAAACCUAUUAUUUUCCCCAGCAUUACUGAAUGGAUAAACAAAGAAUCCAUCAAAGACAUCUGGUAAGUGAUUACACUCACGUUCCACUAUUUAUAAAACGUUUUUAGCUUUAAUAAUAUUUCUUUAACACCUGACACAAUUUGAGUAGAACUUUACCUUUGUAGUAGGAAGAUAAACACUUGCUACAAGGAAAUUCAUAAUUUCAUGGAGUUUUAAGAAUAGAAGAUAAGACCUUGUUAAGUACAGGUCACUACUGUCCCAAGCAACUCCCGUCAGUUUAAUGUAGGAAGAGAAACAGAAACCACCUCAGAUGUUAAAACACGAAGUUGUUUUCCCUUAACCCAUCAGCAUUACUGUUUCUGUACUCCUUGACAAAAGGAGAGUCCUCCAAGAAUUUCACACUUCUCUUUAAACUUUAGUCUUUCUAUUUAAUAGCUGAAGCUACACUGCUCUUAAAUUAAUUGUAACUUCCAGUUCCUUCAGU